AUGUCAACUAAAUGGCAACAGUUUGACAUUGGCUGUCCAUGGAUGCACGAAACACCUGUCGACUGGAUAUUUCAGGGUCCAGUUUGCGCUGUGCUGAUUAUAAAUUUAAUAUUUUUGUUAAGGAUAAUGUGGGUGCUCAUCACCAAGUUGCGUUCUGCAAAUACCGUGGAAACCCGGCAAUACCGGAAGGCAGCUAAGGCGCUACUCGUUCUAAUACCACUUUUUGGCAUUACAUAUUUGGUUGUUUUGGCUGGUCCCACCGAGGGUGGUGUUAUGAGUCAUAUGUUUGCGAUUGUGCGUGCGCUGCUAUUAAGUACACAGGGUUUUUCAGUGUCGCUGUUCUAUUGCUUUUUGAAUUCGGAGGUGCGUACCGCUUUACGGCAUCACAUUUCAACUUGGCGCGAUGAACGGAAUAUACAACUCAAUCAAAGCAGAAGGUGA